AUGGCGGACAGUAAGCAGCACAAGUAUCGGCAGGAGAUCCAGCAGAUGAUGUACGUCUCUGGGGAGACCGGCGAGCCGUCUGUCGAAACCACAGCCAUGAUAGAGGAGAUCGUGCGCCAACAAGUCAUCGAGAUGCUGCGCAACUGCACUGAGCUCGCUGCGCGCCGCGGCGCCCGCUCCAUCACCAUCAACGACCUGAUCUUCCAGAUCCGCGACGACGCGCCCAAGGUCUCGCGCCUGCGCACCUUUCUUAGUUGGAAGGACGUGCGCAAGAACGCGCGCGACUCGGACGAGAAGGGCGGCGACGUUGAGCUGGGCGUCGACGACGCGGCUCCCGGCGGCAUGCCCGGCGCCGGCCCCGUCGAGGAGGCCGCCAAGAAGAACAAGAAGGCCAAGGUCAAGCUGCCCUGGGAGCCCAGCAGCUUCUACACCCAGGAGGUGCCCGAGCGCGACGACGAGGAGGACGAGGAAGAGGAGGAGCUCAACUUCAUCACGCUGGAGCGCCUGCGCAAGGCCGACGAGCGGACAAAGGCCAUGACGCGCGAGGAGUACGUCACCUGGUCCGAAUACCGACAGGCGUCCUUCACAUACCGCAAGGGCAAGCGCUUCCGAGAGUGGGCCGGGUUCGGCAUCGUGACGGAUAGCAAACCGUCGGACGACAUUGUCGAUAUCCUCGGUUUCCUAACUUUUGAGAUGGUGCAGACGCUCACGGAAGAGGCCUUGAAGAUCAAAGAGCAGGAAGACAUGUGGAAGGAGCGGACCGGCUUGGAGAGUAAUUCCAAGAAGCGGAAGCUGGCCCCGGGCGGCCUCUUCGACCCGCCCAGCGAAGGCAAGACACCAGUUGAGACGCGCCACAUUCAGGAAGGAUUCCGGCGUCUGCAGACGAGGACGAAGAAGGGCCGUGCCAUGCUCAACGGAACGAGGCUUCAAUCAAGAACAAGCCUGCGGCUCUUCUAG